AUGUGUUCUACCCCUGGGACCAUCGCUACCCAGAGCAUUAAUUCUCAAAGAAAAGUCCUCGAAAUGUUUUCAUACUACAAGGCGGCAGGCCGCCGUUUUGAAAGACAGUUGGCACAUAGAACUAUAAGACGGCGUUUCACGACUUUCAGUCCUGAGCCUGAGAUGGCUCUACAUUGCAAAAGCAUGAUUAGUCAGAAUUAUCCACUGCAUAGUUCUUUUCGACUGGCUAUCGAUAAGCUUUACUAUUGA